AUGCUGCCCCUUACGCAGCGCCUUGCUGCGGCCAGAGACGGGGCCAGCCGAACCCUGCUGCUGCGCCAGCAGCAGCUGCUGCUGCAGCAACAGCAGCACAGGUGCCAGCUGCCGCGCCAGCUACAACAAUGGAAGCAAUGCGUAACGCGCAAGCAGCUGCAGCAGCAGCUGCAGCAGCAGCAGCAGCUGCUGCUGCUGCGUCGGGGCCUCGCAACGUUCUCCCGCUUCAGUCGGCACCCACCAAAUCCAGCAGCAGCAGCGGCAACGCAACCACCAGCAGCAGCAGCAACGCAGCCAGCAACAGCAGCAGCAGCUGCUGCUGCUGCUGCUGCACGGCAUAGCCGGUUCUCCCGAGGGCCUGCGGCCCCGCAGCAGCAGCAACGGCAGCAGCAACAGCAGCAGCAGCGAAUUCCUUCUCCUGGAAAGGAUAUGCCGCCGCUGUCGCUUUCAGAGGCUUUGUACCUCGCCAAAGAGGGGGGCUGCUUCACAGUCAAGGAGCUGCAGAAGAUAGUCCUCACGGCCCCCUCCUUCUCAUCAGACUCGUCUCCGUUUCUCCUCGAGAACUUCUUCAGGUCUCUGGGAUCGGACGAUCCCAACAAUCCCAACGAUCCCACCGAUCCCAGCGGGGAGACACUGGAGACCGGAGACAGUCCCGAGGAGACACAGACAAACUCAGCUGAGCCAGCAGCAGCAGCAGCAGCGGCAGCAGAUGGGCUGCUGAGGGCUCACACCUUCGAGCACGGCGGCCGCGUGUGGCUCUGCACAGCCAUGGGCCAGGGGACUCGAAAACGAGCAGCAGCAGUCGCGCUGCUGACGCGGGGCACGGGACAGGUACUGUCUCCUUUGGGAUCGUGUGGGAUCGUGUGGGGUCGAUCCCGGGAUCGUGUGGGGUCGUGUUGCGUCUAUGGGAGUCGCGUCUGUGGGAUCGAGCUGGCUGCGCUGGGAUCGUGUGCGUGGGCGUGUGGGGUCGCCCGUGUGAGUGCUGGGAUCGUGUGGGAUCGUGUGGGGAUCGCCGGGGAUUGUGUGGGGACCCUCCGGGACAUCGUGGGAUCGCCUGGGAUCGCCUGGGAUCGUGUGGGAUCGUGUCAGGUUCGGGUGUGCGGGCGGGAGGAGGUGUACACGCGCUGGCCGUACGUGUACAACCGCAUGGAAGUGCUGCAGCCGCUGCUGCUGGCAGCAGCAGCAGGCCUCUUCGACGUGGACAUUCAAGUGCGGGGGGGGGGCCCCUCGGGGCAGGCGGGGGCUGCGCGGCUGGCGGUGGCGAGGGCCCUCGUCGCGGCCUGCGAGGACUGCCAGCCCGCCCUGCAGGAAGGUAAACCCUAA